GGUGAAGCUAGAGGAGGCGGGGCCAAAUUGAGCGCUGGAAGAUUGAAGCAUCGCUUGCCCACAUUGGACGUGUCUACUGUAUUCUGAGAUGUCUGGCCUACCGAGAAGGGCAAGAACCACGGCUGUGGCCCCUAAGCAGGAGCUGUCCUUCCUGAGUGGAAUGUCAGAUUCGGGAGAAGAGUCUAAAGAUGAGGAGGAAUGGAUGCCGGAGAAAAAACCCUCUAAAAAACAAAGCACAGCCGCCAAAGCAGCUGUGAAGAAAACGGCAGCGAAGCCAAGGAAGGCUGCUGCCCCCAAACCUAGAAAGGUCGCUGCAAAAAAAAUAACCAAAACUUUGAGCGCUGCUGAAGAAGAUGGAGAAGCCACUCAGGAUCAUGACGUUCAUAUGACAGAGGCUUCAAGGGAACAAGAGAUGUUAUCUAUUGUUCAACCCAUUAAAAAAGAAAAGACACUAAAAUUAAAUCCAAAAAGCCCAGCCAAGCGGAAGAGCAGUCUGAAGCUGGUUCCAGUAAAGGUAGAACGGAGAAGCAUUGGCAUUGAAGAUUUCCCCUCUACUAGCAGCCUGGACAUGGGAGUGAAAGUAAAGAAUGAGUUUCCUUCCAAGGUGGAGGAAGAAGAGCCGCCAGAUGAUUUCACGUUUGGUGGUCCACCGGCCAAGAAAAUGAAGACGUCUGCUGAUCCUGUGGGGAAGGUGGUGAAAUAUAAGGGCACCACUUCAGGCUCUGAUGGCUCUGACAUGAACUGGAACAUUGUUGAGGUUUUAUCAGAUAGAACAAAUAUUGAACCCUGGGUUUGCUCCAACCUCAUCCAGCUCUUUCAGGAUGAGAACACCAUACCCUUCAUCGCUCGGUACAGGAAGGAGCUCAUUAACAACCUGGAUGCAGAAGCCUUGAGAGAAGUACAGCAAAGCCUAGAGGAAUUAAGGUCAGUUUCAAAAAAAGCUCACAAUCUGGUAGAAAAACUAAGGAAAGAAGGGAAACUGAACUCCAGCCUACACACCGCCAUGCUGAACUGCAGAACAAUGGAUGAAGUCGAGCAUGUGUACACACCUUACAAAACUGGAAGCAAAGGCACCAAAGCUCAGAGAGCCAGGCAGCUGGGACUGGAAGCUGCUGCCAAAGCCCUGAUUGAGUCCCCCCAACAACUUAACCUUCAUAUGUACAUAAAACCUAACACAGAAGGCCUAUUAACACUUCAGGACAUAGAGACGGGCGUGCAGCACAUCUUAGCAGACAUGAUUGCCAAAGAUAAGGACUCGCUGGAGCACAUUAGAAAUCUCUGCAAACAGAACUUCGUCACCCUCCACUCCACACUGGCCAAGUCAACCGGAAAGGAAAAGGAAGGAAACGUGAAAGACGUCGACAAAUUCCAUUUAUAUCACAACUUCACUUGCAAUAUAAAUCGAGUCCAGCAUCACCAGAUUCUGGCCAUUAACCGUGGGGAAAAUCUGAAAGUCCUGACAGCAAAGGUCACCGUUCCUGACAGGGUGAAGGAUGCUUUCUGUAGGUGGUGUGUGAAUGAAAGGUGGAGACCAAAGCAAUUUGCAAGACCUGAGUUCAUGAAAAUCCUGCACAGCUCUGUAGAAGACUCCUACAAGCGUCUCAUUUAUCCUCUCCUCUGUAGAGAGUACCGUUCCAAGCUCACGUCAGACGCAGAGAAAGAAUCCAUUAUGAUGUUUGGAAGAAACCUGCGCCAGCUGCUGCUUGCAAAUCCAGUUAGAGGACGAACUAUAAUGGGUGUUGACCCUGGAUAUAAGCAUGGCUGUAAGCUGGCCAUCAUUUCAGCCACCAAUCAGAUUCUUCAUACAGAUGUGGUGUAUCUGCACACAGGACACGGGCGCGGAAUGCAAGAAGCAGAGAAAAUCAGACAACUCCUGCAGAAUUUCAACUGCUAUACAGUUGCUAUUGGAAAUGGAACAGCAUGCAGGGAAACGGAAAGAUAUUUUGCUGAUCUCAUCCAAAGGAGGUUUUUUGCACCGCUUAGUGUGGUCUAUUGCAUUACUAAUGAAGCAGGGGCAUCAAUCUACAGCGUGAGCCCGGAAGCUGCCAAGGAGAUGCCAGACCUAGACCCUAAUCUACGAAGUGCAGUUUCCAUAGCAAGACGUGUACAAGAUCCAUUAGCUGAGCUGGUGAAAAUUGAGCCCAAACACAUUGGCGUAGGAAUGUAUCAGCAUGAUGUCUCGCAGGUGCUGCUGAAAGGCACCCUGGACAGCGUGGUGGAGGAGUGCGUCAGCUUUGUUGGGGUGGAUAUAAACAUCUGCUCCGAGACUCUGUUGAGACAUAUCGCUGGGCUGAAUUCUGUUAGGGCCAAAAAUGUAAUUGAAUGGAGAGAGAAGAAUGGACCUUUUAUUAACAGGGAGCAGCUCAAGUGUGUCAAAGGGCUGGGUCCAAAGACCUUCCAACAAUGUGCCGGCUUUAUUAGAAUUAAUCAGGAGUACGUCAAGGACCUGUCCAGGGACCAAUCAGGAGGCCAAGGAUCGAAAGAGCAGGUGACCCAGGGCAAAGUAUCCAAACAAGGCAAGAAGACCGCAAAAUCUACAGUGGCUGCCAAGCCAAACCCGCUGGAUCAGACGUGCAUUCAUCCCGAGUCAUACGGCAUAGCAAUGAGAUUUCUUGUACUUGUGGGUGGAAGUACCGAUGAUAUAGGGACGGAGAAAAUACAAAAGCAAAUUAAUGGAGUCAUCCAACAAGAAGAAAUUGAAAGAGUGGCCGAAAAAGUAAAAACCACAGUGCUGACCUUACAGCUCAUCAUCGACGGUCUCUGUCAGCCUGAGGGUUACGACAUGCGUACAGAAUUUGAUAAGACCGAUUUCAAGACCAAUAUCGUCUGCCUGGAAGACCUGAAGGUGGGGGCCAUUCUAACCGGGAAAGUAGAAAACGCCACGCUGUUUGGUGUUUUUGUGGACAUCGGCGUGGGCAAAGCCGGGUUAAUUCCAAUGCGAUAUUUAAGAGAAGACAGACUUUCUAAGGAGAAGAGAAGGAGAAGUCUUGGACUAGGACCCGGAGAGAGGGUGGAAGUUAAAGUUCUAAAUGUUGACAUUAGACAGUCAAGGAUCACGCUGGAACUUCUACGGGUUUUGUAGUUGUUGUUUUUUUUUUGUUUUUUUCGAUGCGAUCCCCUGAGAUUCUGUUAGGAGAAAUUCUGCCUUCCUGACAUGUAAAGUGCCACUGUGAUUUAGGAUUUGGAGCUGAAAUGCCAGUCAGGAAUAAACUCUGGCAGGAUACUUUGUUAUUUUUGUAACACCAAGUUAUUUCCUCUCACUUCACCAUCUGCAACGUCCUCUCCUCGUUUUUUAUACUCCGCUGAAUAUAGCAGAAACACAGAGACAGGGAGCUGGGGUCAUUCAACUUAUUUCAUCCACUUUGCCAGUACUGUGCAAGGCAUUUAAUAUGCUGCAUGGAAAUCUGCGAUGGCAAGUCGGCGGUGUUUACGCGGAGUGGGAACAUUCCCAAUAGUUAACGUAAAGCUAGACCAUGCAGUCUAAAGAUACACCAAAGUUGUGGCAGUGGCUCAGGCUGGAUGAUCCAUUUGGUGUAUCUUUAGACACCUUUGUCUAACUUUAUGAGACUUGUUGUUUGGCUUAAGCCCCUUUAUUGUGAAGCCACAACCUUGCCCACAAAGCAUGUGCGCCAGUUUUUGCCCCAAAUUACCAUAUUCCUACAUUUUAGCGCUUCGUAAGUCUCUACCAUUUUCUUUUAUUUAUGCCAGGUAGGAUACAGAAAUUAAUUUUAUUUGAAUACACAUUAGUUCUCCAUGACAGGGGUGUAUGGUUGCCAGAAAAUCUCAGUAGUGCAGCCUCAGCAUUUCAGCCUGUAAUUUCAAGCAAUCAUAUCUCAGCAGAGAAAUUUGAAAUCUUCAUAUUUUUUAUGUGAACUGAAGGGUCUUUUAGUGAUUUCUUCUGGUAUGACUGUUUUAAUUGGAGACUUUGGGGGAGACAUCUUAAAAGAAAAGAAAAACUGACUGGCUACUAUAGGCAACAAAGAACAUUUUUCUUUUAGACAGUUUUUAUAAAUCUCUCCAUUUUGCAUAGUUGCCAACAGUCUCAAAUUUGCAGGGAUUAUUCCAAAUUUUAAGAGCAAGUUUGUCUUGUCCCACCGAAAAAUAUUAACCCUACCAAGAAGUGGAUAAUAUAUAUACUGUUUAUGGUCUGCAUUAUUAAUGCACCCCUAAUACCUCAUGGCCAUUAACAAGCAGACCAACUGAACAGUGUGGUCACAUUAGUUUAAUUAGAGCCGUGUUGCAAGCAUGACACGACCACGCCGCGUAGUCAUACCCUCACUCUUGUAACCUAUACUAGCAGUUGUGUGGCCUCAGAGGUUACAGAGAUCCAAGGUAACCAAGGAAUGAAGAGCCAUAUUUAGUGCAUACAGAUGGCACAUGACCUUCACUCAGUGGCAUAACUACACAUGACUGGGCCCCACAGCAAAAUUUAUACCCGCACUUCUUUUCAGACUACCUGAUGCACAUUUGGUGAUCCAAGAUCCUUUCUGCUUGUCCAGUCCUGCUAUGGGUUGGUCAGCAUUGCUCACAUAAGGGCAAUCUGAGGGCAACAGGAAGUAUCUUGGGAUUCCAAAUUCUCAGUGUGCAUCAGGUAGUCCGAGAAGAGGUGAGGCCAUCAGAAUAGUGGCCCGGGAACUGGUAGAUUUACAGCUAAAAAGAUGAAAGGGAGAGCACCCUGUUACCACCAGUGUGUGUAUUUUGAAAUCUGCAAAAUAUGGAUGAAGUCUGUGUGAUAUCCAUGUUGCAUCAGUUUUUUUUGUGGACCCAUUGAUGCAUUUUGUGGCCAAGUAUAGGACAUGUUUUGUCUUUUGCAGAACGGACAUAUGGAUAUGGAAAGCACACAGAUUAUCCAUGUGCUUUCCGCAUCCAUAUGUCUGUUCUUCAAACAGAUAGAACAUGUCCUAUGUUACGUGGAGUGCCGGAUUCCUUUUACAUGUUUCCUCUUCAAGCUCUCAAGCGUGUUCAGAGCACUCUUCACACGGACAGGGCAGGCUAAUCGUUUGUUUUGCAUUGUAAACAUAAAGACUUGAAAUCUUUUUGACUUUCUACUAGUGCCAUUUUAUUAUUUCAAUUAUUAUUCCAACUUUUAUUUUGGGGGAAAAUACUAAAAACAAGUAGUUCCAUGGCAAAUUAGAUUAAUUGCAAGGGUGUUUCUUCCUAUUUCUGUACUCGAUAGCAAGGAUCUUAGGUUUCUCUCUUUUCUGCCAUCAGACCAGGGUAAUGGCUGUGUAUUACAAUGCUGAUGCCCACAUAACUAGGUGACCAAGUGACUACUUCCUAGGUGGAUCACCAGUGUCAUAGUGUGGCACACUUUAAAGGGGUUGUCCAGGAUAAGAAAAACAUGGCUGCUUUCUUCCCCCAAAAAAAUAUUUCCCCUGUUCAUAGUAUUGCUGCUCUGUCCUAUUGACUCCAAUGGAGCUGAGCUUUAAUACUAGGCACAACCCUUGGACAGACGAGGUGCUGUUUUUGGAAGAAAGCAGCCAUGUUUGUCUAAUCUUGGAGACCCCUUUAAUGAGUUAAGGAUUUGGGGUAGUUCUUUCAACCUGCUAAUAGUUAGCGUGUUACUACUAUUAUCUCCAGAUGCCUCACCCUAAUGUGCUAAAUCACUGCAACAGGAUUUGGUGCACCAGAGGUGACAAUAUCUUGAGAGUCUAUUGUUCUAUUGAGUCUAUCUAGAUCCAUCCGUCUAUCAGAAAUUAAGACUUUGAUCUUCUUGAAGGAAUUUUCUGGUGUGCUAACCCUUUUUUUUACUGUAUAUGGGGCAAGUUUAUUAAGUCUCUCAAUGAUUCCCCACCACUGCUGUUCUGAUGCUGAACAGUCCAUACUAGUCUCCAAUUUCUGGUUUUGGCUGGAUAAGUAGGAAAUGCUUGGAGAUGCCUGCUCGGCCAGUCCAUGAAUGAGAAGGGUCACCCCUUUGGCCACUGAUUAGCUGAGCUGUAUCUCCUACUGUUUUCAGUGUGUCAAACCCAGAAAUGGUGUUAGAACGGAAGGAGCAGGGUGAGUAAUUUUAUUUUAUUUUUUUACCCAUUCUACUUAAUAUAUAAAACAUUUUAUCCCACCAGACAACCCCUUUAAGUACCUCGAUUCCAAUAUUUAACAAGAAAGUGAAUUAUAUGCUUAGUUAUUCGAACCUACAGGUUUGGGUUUCUGGCAUAUAUUGGUUUGUGUAAUCAUCUUCCCCAGCAGGUUUACGAUUGUGCUCUCCCUAAUGGCUCUCCCAUCUGCAACAGCUGAUUGACAGGGCCGUUCGGGAGGUAUACUUGCCAGACUCCAAUAAAGAAAGGUCUUGGGAAAAUCUUAAGGUAAUUAUUGAUGGGCAGCAAUCCACUAAUCAGACAAUUUGCAAAAUGAAUCCCAUAUUCCCUUACUAUAUUAGUCUUUUCUUGUUUGUGUUUAUAGAGCACAUUUACAACUUCAGUAACCUCCCGUCUCCCCGCAGUCCAAUUAAACCUCUCAAAGGGUAAUACAUUAAAGGGAAAGAAUAUUGGAAGUGGCUUGUAAUUAGUUUUGCUCUUGUUGUUGCCACAUUCGUUUGCCAGUUGAAUUUUAUACUCUGAUAAUAA